AUGUUUGCCACUCUGGAAUUACCCUUGAGAGAUGAAAACAGGCACAAACGUCUCAAGGUCGGUCGAGCCUGUCAUCCAUGUCGAAUGAAGAAGAUCAAAUGCGAUGGCCGACAACCAUGUAUGCAGUGUAAAGAUCCCUCGAUUCAUUUAUACAUCAUUAUCCCUAAUGCUCAUUCAACUCAAACAGCUAGACGACGAAAGUGUAUCUAUCUCAAGAACACAGACGAAACGUACAUUAAAUUAGACCCAAUGACAGACUCUACUCUCGACAGUCGCCAGUCACCAGAAGCAACAGAAGAAUCCCACGCAGCAGUAUCCCCACCGCCCCAACAGCAGGACAACACAGCCGACACUUUGUUUGCCAGUCCAGGCAGCCAAAGUCCACUAUCAAAUACAAACCCCAACGGAGACAACAAACCUGCAAGUAGUAGACCAGACAAAAUGAUGGAACAAUUGACAGACGGACUGGUCCGACUGACUCUUCAUCGAGACACUUCCAACUUCCAGAACGAAAUAACUCCUUGGCGCACCUACGGUCAAUUCGUCCAUUGGUCACCAGACCCAACCCUUCCAGGCCAAUAUCUGGCCUCUAUAGACAUGCCUCCACGACACACCCAGGAACAUCUCAUCUCAGUCUUCUUUUCCAAUUGCCAUCAUCUACUGCCAACCCUCUCUCGCCGCAUGUUCUAUGACCAGCUCUCCAUCAAAGGCCCUCUCAUAACCCCUCUCUUGCUCAACAUAAUGUACGCACAUGCAGCAAAACAUGUCGACACAAUCGUCCAGGCAGAAAUGUUCUACCACAGAGCACGGCGGCUGGUAGACGAUUUCCUGGACGUACCUCGGCUCAGUACAGUAAUCGCCUUACUCUACAUGGCCUGGUUCGACUAUGAUUCUACCCAACACCGACCCCAAACUAGAGCACGAUCAAGUCGCAGCUGGAUGUACUGUGGAAUGGCCGUACGAAUGUGUCUCGAAUUGGGACUCCACACAGCAAAUUACAGCAGCCAGAUGUCUCAGUUUGAUAUCGAACUGCGCAAACGAGUGUUGUGGACCUGUUAUGUUAUGGACAAGUUUGAGAGCUGCACUAUGGAAAGGCCGUGGAUGCUCAAGGCCGUCGACAUCGCCGUCGAUCUCCCCACGCCUCUGCCCGAAGACGAUUCUCGCGAGCGUACGGUGAUGGAAGGAUUCGGGCAGCUAUGCCGCCUGACCAUGCUUCUCGAAAAGAUCCUGUACUACUUUACCUACGAUGCAAAAAACAACCAGACCAUCUGGACCGUCCACCAAGAAAACCAGACCCUUCAAUUCCUUGACGCUCUACAGCACUGGCGAGACUCGCUCCCACCAGAAUUGUCCUGGAGUGCACCCGACGGAAUCCCUUCUCUUGUGACUGCCAAUCUCCACCUUGUGUGCCUGGACCUCGAGCUGUCCUUGUUGGUCUGCUGUCGUUUCCAAGAAGAACAGAUCCACCGAGAACGCCGCAGAGCGCUUGCCAAUUCCAUAACCCAGCUGGUAUCCUACACUGUCCAGCACCCACACCUCAUGUACACAUGCGCUCUCUCCACAUUCUCUGCCGUCUUUGCGGCCCUCACCCACGCAACAGACUUCAACCAUCCGAUGCUAGGUGUGGCAGAAGAAGCCAAGGACCAGUUCAGGGCAAGUCUAGGCGAUUUGCGGGACAUUGUCGAGCGUGCGCCUCUGAGGGACGUCCGCGGAUUUGCCCGCCUGGUCGAUCUCACGCUGCAACCCCAUCUUACGACCUCAACACCGACCUCAACAUCGACAUCGACAUUGGCCCCACUGCAUCCCUUACCACGCCUGGCCACCCUUUCGCCUUCCUACAGUGCCGCAUUCUCUGCCAUCCACGAUCUGUGUCAGAAACACGAAGAAAACCAAGGCAUCGAUCUCAAUCUAUUCGAUCACGAGCAACAGGCCGCGGCAGUCGCAGCUGUCCUUGAUACCUCUACCGCAUUCUCACCGUCGUCGUCGGGUGUGUACUGCCCACCGGUCUCAAUAGGGUCAUCACGACAGACUAGUCCUCCUUACUCUCAUAAUCAUAAUCAUAAUCAUAAUCAUAAUCAUAAUCAUAAUCAUCCACAUACUCAAGGGCAUGCACUGGUCGCGCCCACAUUUGCGUACAAUCCUUGUCUGCCUUCUAACGUCGGCCAUCCUACCUCAGCAGGAGCUGCUGCUGCCGCUGCUGCUGCCGCUGCCGCGGUGGGGGCUGUAGGAGCACCAGUUACUACCAGUGGAAUGUCCAACAAAGAAAUCGAGCCUGCAGACUACACCUUCGAACUUAUUUCUGUUGCAGAUGAGUGGGCGCGUUCCCUCAUCUACUAA